AUGGCAACUUGGUCCAAGGCGUCUCUGACCGGCGCCGCCGUCUUCCUGCUCAGCCUGAGCGCGGCGAGCGUCGCCCAUGGCCGCCGGAGCUACGGCGAGCCGUGCAAGAAGAUGAAGCUCUACUUCCACGACAUCAUCUACGACUACAGCAACAGCACGUCCAACUCCACGUCGGCGGCGGUCACCAAGCCGACGGCGCUGAGCACCACCGUGUCGAAGAGCGGCUACUUCUUCGGCCGGGUGGUGGUGUUCAACGACCCGAUGACGGAGGGGAAGGCGCUGCCGCCGGAGCUGGAGGAGACGGCGGUGCGCGCGCAGGGGCUCUACUUUCUGGACAGGAAGGACGACUUCGGCGCGUGGAUGGCCUUCUCCAUCGUCUUCAACUCGACGGCGCAGCAGGGCACGCUCAGCCUCAUGGGCGCCGACCCCAACGUCGAGACGAAGGACAUCUCCGUCGUGGGCGGCACCGGCGACUUCUUCAUGGCGCGCGGCGUCGCCACGCUCCGCGGCGACGCCGUCGAGGGCCUCAAAUACUUCCGCCUGCAGAUGGACAUCAGCCUCUACGAAUGCUACGACGCCUGA